CCCUGGUCUCCCUGCUGACGCCCUGCGCCAAUAUGAAGGUGUGCGACGAGGGGCAGAGCAACUGCACCACGCCCACCUACCCCUCGUGCCGCGACAGCGAGACGUUCAGCACCUUCCUCCUGGACCUCUUCAAGCUCACCAUCGGCAUGGGCGACCUGGAGAUGCUGGGCAGCGCCAAGUACCCCGUGGUCUUCAUCAUCCUGCUCGUCACCUACAUCAUCCUCACCUUCGUCCUGCUGCUCAACAUGCUCAUCGCCCUCAUGGGGGAGACGGUGGGCCAGGUGUCCAAGGAGAGCAAGCACAUCUGGAAGCUGCAGUGGGCCACCACCAUCCUGGACAUUGAGCGCUCCUUCCCCGUGUUCGUGCGGAAGGCCUUCCGCUCCGGGGAGAUGGUGACCGUGGGCAAGAGCUCGGACGGCAGCCCGGACCGCAGGUGGUGUUUCAGGGUGGAUGAGGUGAACUGGUCUCACUGGAACCAGAACUUGGGCAUCAUCAACGAGGACCCGGGCAAGAAUGAGACGUACCAGUACUACGGCUUCUCGCACACUGUGGGCCGCCUCCGGAGGGACCGCUGGUCCUCUGUGGUGCCCCGCGUGGUGGAGCUGAAGAACAAUUCAAACCCGGACGAGGUCGUGGUGCCACUCGCUCACGUGGGGAACCCCAGUGGCCCUGGCCACCAGCAGAGUCACCCCCCGCAAGUGGCGGACUGAUGAUGCCCCCGCCCUCUAGGGGCUGCAGCCCAACCCCAGCCCCUGCACCUGCCUGUUCUAGUCCGCCUGCAUUUCAGUGGCACUUCCUGGGUGUCCCCCCACAUGUCCCUUUGACCCUCAGAGGUGAGGGCUGGUGGAGAUGCUGGCGAGGCCCAGGACGCUCUGGUCCCCGCUUGUGCUCCCCACCAGAGCACGGGCUCCUGGCCACCUGCCUCACUCCCAUGGAGUCACAUCAGCCAACGCCAGGACCCUCUGCCUGGGGGGACCCCUGCCUGCCUCUCCAUUAUUUAUUUACUCUGCUCUCAGGAAAGCCACGUGACCCCUGCCCACCCCCAGCUGGAACCUGGCAGAAGCCUGAGGACCCUGUGCCAGCUGCACUGCCCUGCCCGGCCAAGCCCCCAGCCCCAACCUGCUCCCCCCCCCCGUGUGGGCGGUGGGGGCUCUGCUGAGGGGUGGGGGCCCUGGGAGUGGGGCCAGGCCCUCUGUGUGUUCUCUGGAGUGUCUGGGAUUCGUCGGUGCUCAAUAAAUGUCCAUUCAUUUGUG